AUGCUCGGCUGUUCUUGGUCGGUUAUAUUUGUGGAUCUCGAUGCUCACAAUCGCAAUAGGCAAACUUUGUGCUCACUCUUACCCAGAGAAUCAAGAUCUCAUAACACAGAUGCUGCCCUGCUCCCCUGCAUCACUUAUCCUGCAUUUGCCCUGGAUGAUGAAGUUCUGUUUAGCCAGACACUUGAUAAAGUGGUUAGAAAAUUAAAAGGAAAAUAUGGAUUUAAACGUUUCUUGAGAGAUGGAUAUAGAACAUCACUGGAAGAUCCCAACAGACGCUACUACAAACCAGCUGAAAUGAAGCUAUUUGAUGGCAUUGAAUGUGAAUUUCCCAUAUUUUUCCUUUACAUGAUGGUUGAUGGUAAGUGA